CGGUUCAGCUCGUUGAUGGCAAUAAUCGUUAUAGUGGGCGAGUACAAGUUUUUGCAACAGGAAAAUGGAUAAACUUGUGCAAUGAUGAGUGGACAAACAACAAUUUGAAAGUCACAUGCCGGCAACUUGGAACGAUUGAAAAAAGAAGCGGUCAAGAAGUCUUCACCGAAGGUUAUUAUCACGGAGGAGAUUUCGAAUGCGAGGGCACUGAAGAAUAUUUAUAUAAAUGUCGAUAUCGCAAUCGUAAAUGCUCAUCUGAUGAAAAGGUCACGGCGACAUGUGAAAUUCCAGUAUCCCCCCGAAAUGGAAGGUGUGAUAUAGACUUACAAGAGACCUGUGAUACCACAUUGAGCUGUCAGAAUGUUAACGGAUUUGGGAGAUGUAUCUGUGAUACUGAAUCGUUUUGGGAUGAAAAAAAAAACAAAUGCAAAAAAAAGUUGUCGUACAAUGAAGAAUGUGAUCCGAAUGUUGAAGACGUAUGUACAAGUGUCCUGUCAUGUGAACUCGUAAACGGAUCCACAUCAUUCCAAAAUAAAUGCGUAUGUCCAGAGAAAAAUGACUUCUGGGACACUUCUAACAAGACCUGCCGUAUAAAGAAAUUCUACGCUGAAGUGUGUGAUCCGACUGUUGACGACGUAUGCACGAGUGACCUGUCUUGUGAACUUAUGAACGGAACAUCGCUUAAUAAAUGUAUUUGCCCAGGAGAAGAUGACUUUUGGGAUUCUUCGUACAUAGCAUGUCGUAGAAGGACAGGUUUGCAAGGGAUAUAUGUCGCAGACAAGUUGAACAUCAGCGAUGCCAUCUCCAACUGUGAAAGUAAGUAUAAAGGACUAUUGGCAACAGAGGAACAUCUUCGACAGAUAUUCUCGAACUGCACGGACUACGCCGACGAUACUUGGCUCAUAGGAAUAGUAUAUCCUGCUACAGAAAAGCAAUUGGGCAGUUGUGCUAUAUUAUACAGUGAUGGUGAAUUGAAAACUGAAAACUGUACUGGCAGAAGGGCGUCUGUUUGUAUGACAAAAAAAAACAACAAAAAUGAUCUGUCAUGUUUUGGAUUUCCAACAGUGCCUAAAUAUUCCACUUCGAGUUCUGGUUUAAUUGGUGGCGUCGUAGCUGUUCUCAUAAUCCUAGCUGUUGUGGUGAUGCUUGUAAUUGGAUUGCUUUAUCGACGAAGAAAAAGGGAAUGUAACAAAGACAGCGAUAUGGUAAACAAUCAGUCGUAUGAACUAUCCGGCACUGCCAAUGGGAGGUCAUUGAAACCCGAUAUUCGAUUAUCAUCUAACCCGGAGACUCGACCCGUAGAGGAUUAUGACUAUGCGAUGGGAACAGACAAUAGAGAUGCGCAGGAUUGUAAUCACUCUAAUAUAUAUGCCAAUGAUAUGACAACCAGACAAGUUAACCAGGGAUAUAAUUCCUCGAAUGAUAUGCCUGAUUAUGCUAAUUACACUGAAGACCGUUGUCCUCCUGACGACAAACCGCGAGGGAACUCGGUGGAGAACUCGUUCGAGUAUAUGUUAGCCAAAAAACCAAACACUGACUAUCUAUCGGAUGGGGAAUAUAACACUUUUUCGGACCAAUCAGCUGAUCUGCCGCCUACUGAUACGUAUGACCAUGUUCACAAUGUGCCAGAGGAUGGCUACGAUCAGUUCCAGCUGAAAUCAAGUGAACGAUCUAACUUUGAACACGAUGAUGAAACCGGAUAUAUGCAGUCCAGCUUUCCAGGAUGACUACAACGGGUUUGGUUAUAGUUUAAUCUAUUGAUGUGAAUGUACAUGUAUAUGUUAGUUGUGUAAUAUAAAAUAAAAUAAUAUAAAUUUUAAAAAGAUCAUUUGAAUAGAAAGUAAAAUGUUUAAAUUGAUUCGUUAUAUGAACAUUGUAGUUGUUGUAUAUACUUUCUAUCGACUCAAUGAAUAUAAAUAUCUACAUAUAGUUUGUUACGCUGUAUACCUAAUGUGAUUAACUGGAUCACUCUGAAAUGCUUGGUGUUCAAUGUUAGCGCCUUCUACACUUGUCGAAUGUUUUAAGUACACAAUUGUACACUUUGAAUACACAAAUAUGUCACUUUAUUCCCUAUUGUAUCAUAUUCUCAAGUUUAGCGUUACUACUGACGUUGUCAAAAAAGGAUGAUUAACUCAAAUUCCUCGUUCAAAAAUCUUAGGUGUCAGGACAAGUGUUCAUAUAAAAGAAUAAAGAAAUUUGGUACAAGGGAAAUAAACUUAAAAUUUAGGGAAAUAUGACGCUAUUGUCCCUGGACUUGUUAGCAUAUGAUCCUUGCCUGCGUGUCAAUAUGAUAGUUGCGAUUAUAUUAACUAGUCAUUUUUAUUUUUUAAGGCAGUGAUUGGUUACAAAUUUCGGACAAUUGUUAAAGCAUGUAACUUGCAUUUCAUUUGAGAGAAAAACAAAAAAAUCCAUUGUUACGCUUCAACUAUAAGACGUUGCAAUGUAUCAAAUUUGUUUUUGUUAACUCUGACGAUCUCGGUCUUAUAAGGGAUACUAGUCACCUGAACUCAAGGAGGCGGGCUUGCUUGCUUCAUAAACUUGGAUAAUAUGACUAUAUCUUAUUAAGAUUGAAUUUUCACUCCUACUGUAAAGAUAUUCUAACUAUUAUUGAUUGUCUUGCUUGGUAUUUCAAUUUUCUGGCUUUAACUUACUUUGUUAGUACAAAAGUGCAAAUCAAGCAAAGUUCUUAUUGUUGAGAAUUGAUUGGACAUUGAUUUACUAUAUCUUUACCUAUAGAUAUGGGGUAAAGAAGUAAUUCCAACAGUGUGGACAAGUUUAGGCUGUCAAGACACAGUGAAACAAAACAGUUACAUGUACA